UUCACAAGUAUAUACAAGUCGAUUACAAUAAACUGUACGAUAGGUUAACAAAAACAUAAAAUACCGAUUUAUUUUCAUGAUUUUUGUUUCAAAACAUUUGAAAUAUCAUAUGGUUUGAAGAAUUUUGAAAAAUUCAAUCAUUCAUUCACAAUGUCAUUCGAUCCUAUGUGGCUGCAUAACACUGCGGCAAUUUUAGAUAAUCCACAGGAGACAUUACUAGAGUAUAUUGUUGAUCAAAAAUUACCAAUUCACGAUCCAAAGCCAUUCAUUUUGCCACGUGAAUCGAAUCCAACGAAUCUAUACUAUGCACCGAUCGGAACGGCGAGUACAACAUUGGUUGCUGAUCGUGAUCCGAUCACAGGACGUAUUUUAGAAUUUGUUGAAGUUGAUUUGGAGGAUGCAGAGUGUACGGCAAAAAAUUCAAUGUCAAUGCGUCGUGCACCGGUUCGGCCUGAGCAAGCAACACGUGGAUCGGCGACGAAUUUUCCAUUUUGGCCAGGUGGUUUCGAUGAACCGGCCAAACAAAUCGAAUCAUUGAAACUUCAUAAUUCAAAUUUCGUAAAAGAUUUUCUAACCAUUGCACCCGGUUUCACUGAAGGUCUUGAAUUCAACACGGAAACCGAUGAUGGCAUCAUAACUACAAAUGCAACCGACACAACAGAAAGUGUUGAUUUAUUAUCGAUCGUUGAAGAUGAGCAUAAUGUUUUAGGUAUGUGGUCGACUAAUGAAACUACAUCGAGAAAAUCAACACCGAACCAAUUUCAAUACAACGAAGAAUUGGAUGAAGUUAUGCUAAAAACACCAGCCACUGCACCGGUAUUGGAUAUUUCAAGGACAAGCAAACCAAAAGUACAAAGCAUGCAAUACGCCAAAUGGGUUGAUAUUACGCAACCGGUUAAAGAUUUUGAAAAACAAGUUCCAGAACUUGCACAUACAUAUCCAUUUGAAUUGGAUACAUUUCAAAAGCAAGCCAUCAUUAAGUUGGAAAAUCACAAUCACAUUUUUGUGUCGGCACACACAUCGGCUGGAAAAACGGUGGUUGCCGAAUAUGCAAUUGCAUUAUCACAAAAACAUAUGACACGAACCAUAUAUACGUCACCAAUAAAAGCGUUAUCAAAUCAAAAAUAUCGUGAUUUUAAGAAGACAUUCGAUGAUGUCGGCAUUAUAACCGGUGACAUUCAAAUUAAUCCAUCGUCAGCAUGUUUAAUUAUGACAACCGAAAUCUUACGAUCGAUGCUGUAUUGUGGCAGCGAAGUGACCAGAGAUUUGGAAUAUGUUAUAUUCGAUGAAGUUCAUUAUAUUACCGACAUUGAACGUGGCCAUGUAUGGGAAGAGGUGUUAAUUUUAUUACCAGAACAUGUCAAUAUUAUAAUGUUGAGCGCCACAGUGCCGAAUGCACUGAAAUUUUCCAAUUGGGUGGGAAUGACCAAACGAAAAAAGGUUUAUGUAAUCAGCACUUCAAAGAGGCCCGUACCAUUGAAACAUUACCUUUACACCGGUCACAAUACGGAAACCAAAAAAGAGCUAUUUUUAAUCGUCGACGAUGAUGGUCGUUUUCUAACGAAAGGCUAUAAUGAUGCGAAAACAGCUAAACAAAAUCAACAACAAAAGCAAAAGAACAAAGCAACCGGUCGAGGUGGAGGUCAUCCAAAUCAGAAAGGUCCGACAUCGAACCAACAGCAAAGAAACGAUAAUAAAGUUGGAACUCGCGGUGGUCAAGGUGGAAGUGGCGGUGGCGUUGGUGGAGGAAGAGGUCACGGUCCAAAUUUUCUAAAUCCAAAGCAUGAGGCACAAAUUUGGUUAACAUUAAUUGAUUUACUAAAGCAAAAUGAUGAACUGCCGAUUAUCGCGUUCUCUUUAUCACGUGCCAAAUGUGAUCAAUAUCUUAAAUCAUUGGAAUCACUAAGCCUAACAACAGGUUCCGAAGCUGGAGCCAUACGAACAUUUUUCAGUAAAUGUCUAUCAAAAUUGAAACCCGAAGAUCGUGUUAUUCCGCAAGUGUUGAUGUUACAAGAUUCAUUGGCACGUGGUAUCGGUGUUCAUCACAGCGGUAUAUUACCAAUUUUAAAAGAAGUUGUUGAAUUACUAUUUCAACGUGGUCAUGUUAAACUAUUAUUUGCAACGGAAACAUUUGCAAUGGGCGUUAAUAUGCCGGCACGUACAGUUGUUUUCGAUUCGUAUAAAAAACAUGAUGGUAAAGAAUUGCGACCAAUUCUACCGGCGGAAUACACACAAAUGGCAGGCAGAGCAGGUCGACGUGGUUUGGAUAAGCACGGUAGAGUUAUAUUGCUGUGCAAAUUAGAUGUACCAAAUGAUUUAUUAUUAAAAACAAUGAUCACCGGUCAGCCAAAAAAUUUGGAAUCCAAAUUUCGUCUAACUUAUGCGAUGAUUUUGAAUUUAUUCCGUGUCGAAAGUGUAUCGGUCGAAGAUAUGAUGUCACAUAGUUUCAAAGAAUUUGAAACGCAAUCGACAAAACCAGACACAGAGGCCCAAUUACAUGAAUUCGAACAACAAAUAUCGAAAAUACCCGAACUCGGUCCGCACAUGGAACCAUUAUGUAAAUUUUUCGAUUUUGCCUAUGAAUAUAUCAUCACGUUUCAACGAUUCAUGCAAAGAUUGGCAGCUGCCAAAGUAUUUAAUUUGAAGCCAGGCCGAUUGAUUUACAUAUCGCACAAAAAAUAUUACAAUCGUUACGCUAUAUUUCUGGCGCCGCUCAGUGCUACAAAAGAUCUUUAUAAUGUGCUUAUUUUGGACAACGAUGCCACCAACGAUGACAUCGACGAUGAACCGAUUGUGGUAACCAAAGUGUCACUAUUAGAUGAUAAACGGCACACGGAUAUGGAAAAAAAUUCGAAGAAAAACACAGAUCGAGGUGAAUUGUGGCAUCGAAUGAUUGCACUGACAAAACCACGUCAAUAUAAAUUGAACGCUGCCCCUGGUCAUAAGGUGUUGACCAUAUCACCGAGCGAUAUUAUUGAUGUAACAACGCAAACGAUUAAAAUCGAUGCGGAUGCCAUACUGAAUAAUUGGCAAUAUCGGCAAAAGCCACGUUUUCGUGAUACACCAAUUGGUCCAUCCACCGAAAAGGCAAUCAAUGAAUUGAUUAACUUUCAUAAAUCCAAGGCCAAAGUUCAGUUCAUAAAUUUCAAGCAAGAAUAUAAGAUGAUUCAAGAUUUGGAUUUGAUUUCACAUCAUCGGAAAAACGUUGAUGCAAUAUUGCCACACACAAAAGUUGCCAAUUUUGAACAAGAAUUCGCACCGGUCUUUGAUCGCAAACAAUUGGAAGCCAAACAAGCUGAACUACGGUUCAAAAUGUCCAAUCAAAGUUUAACACUGUAUCCGGAAUAUCAAUAUAAAUUGGAAGUAUUAAAACGUCUCAAUUAUAUUGAUGAUCAACAUGCGGUGACUCUUAAAGGACGUGUUGCCUGUGAAAUGGGAUCCAAUGAAUUAAUGAUUACCGAACUGGUACUUUGUAAUACAUUCAACGAUCUUGAUCCAGCCGAAAUAUCAGCAUUACUUUCGAGUUUAGUUUUUCAAGGAAAAACAUCGAUGGAACUUAAUCUCACGGACAAUCUUAAAGCAUGUGUAGAAACGAUCAAAUGUGUGGAUCGUGAAUUACGUGAGGUGGAAGAUAAUGUCAUGGAAAAUGUUGAUAAAGAAAUUCGUGAAUCGGCACAAAUGCUGGAUGGUGAACGGCUGAACUUUGGACUGGUUCAAGUUGUAUACGAAUGGGCACGAAAUAAGCCAUUUGCUGAGAUCAUGAAAUUGACCGAUAUUCAAGAGGGUGUCAUUGUUCGAUGUAUUCAACAAUUGAAUGAAACUUUAUCGGAUGUCAAAGAUGCUGCCCGAAUAAUUGGCAAUCCAGCAUUGCACCAAAAAAUGGAAGAAGCAUCUAAUGCUAUCAAGCGUGAUAUUGUGUUCGCUGCAAGUCUUUAUUUCCAAGAUUAAUUAAACAAUCAAUUCUACAAUGUACAUUGUUGCACCAUUUUAUACACAUAUUGUUCUAAACGAUCUUUCUUUUUACAAUAAACCAAAUUAUAAUUAUGUUCUCUUUGGGAAUUAAAAAUAAAA